AGAAUUCUCUUCAUUGUCUUUGUUUUCUUCUUCAUAUUCUCACCUAACUCAAUUUUUGUUCCUAAUUUGAUUUCUCUCCAUUUUUUCCAAAAUUCAAUUCCUCAAUCUAAGGCUUUCCGUUAGAGAUGGACUUUUUAUUCAGAGGCAUGAAUGAAGAUCCCGCACCUUCUCAAGAUGACAUAUUUAGGUGUCCAUUUUUGAGAAACAUUAAUGAGCCCACUAAUUUUUCAUUUUCCUCAGCUAUGCCUAUCCCAAUGCCGGUUCGUGCUGGAAAAGGGCCAAUUUUUGAAGAUGGUCCUAAUUUUGAUAUGGCGUUCAGGUUAUUCCAUGGGCAUGAUGGAGUAGUCCCACUUUCUGAAAGAACAAUCUCAAUUUCUCAGAAAGAAAGGUGCCAACUCUCAGUUGCUGAAUUCAAUCCUUUAGCAGCAAGGGCCGCUACCAUUAGUCUUUCAUCUUUUGGACCCGGAGGACCCUUCAGCUUUGACUCGUUUAAUAACAAGUGGAAGAAUGGAAAGGAUAAAUCUAAACCAUCUAAGAAAGACUCAUCUUCAAAGGGAGGACAGUCUAAUCAUGAGGCCCUGGGUAACGAAUGGUUGCAAAGCGGAAACUGCCCUAUAGCAAAGUCAUAUCGCGCAGUUAGUGGUGUCCUGCCACUUGUCGCAAAAGUUUUUCAGCCCCCACCAGGUAUGAAAUAUAAGUGCCCACCGGCAAUUGUUGCAGCCCGAGCAGCUAUAGCACGAACUGCUUUUGCGAAGAAUCUUAGGCCUCAAGCUUUACCCACCAAAGUACUUGUAAUCGGAAUACUGGGUAUGGCUGCAAAUGUUCCUUUAGGAAUAUGGAGGGAACAUACUGAAAAAUUUUCAGCAUCUUGGUUUGCAGCUGUCCACGCUGCUGUUCCAUUUAUCGGUAUGUUAAGGAAAUCUGUGCUGAUGCCCAAGUCAGCCAUGGCAUUCACCAUCGCAGCAUCGAUACUGGGACAAGUUAUUGGGUCUAGAGCAGAGAGAUACCGUCUGAAAGCAGUAGCUGCAAAGAAAACCUCGCUCAAGGAAACAUCUGUAAAUGGUUCAACUCAGUUUCAAGGUGUUACUGUUAAGAGUGGACAUCGUGGUAAUCUGGUUGACUAUCCAGUUUCCUCCCUUCAGGUUGCUGGGAAUUCUUCGUCAGCAGAUGUAUUCUGCUGAUUCCUUGUACUGUAUGUAUCAUUACAUCGUGUUAAUGAAUUGUAAUUCUUUGUUUGCGGCGCGUGUAUUUUAAUUACUUGUUUCAAAUGAUUGUUGUCUACUAUAUAUGUUGUAAGAACUUGAUUAUUGCAAUUGAUGGAAUAAAAGAGAUCAAGAGAAAAAUAUUGAUCUGUUUGAAUGCA